AUGGCCCAAUCUACCAACCCCAAUUUGCCUGUGAAAGCUGCUCACUCACGUGUGGGAAGAGAGCACCAGCGGUAUAAUCCAGAAAAUGGCGCUCGCAUGGUCGCAGGAUGUAUAUGUCUUGAAGAGUCCAAAGAGAAGGUGAUCAUGAUUCUGUCUUCUGCUCAUAAGGGCCAAUGGGUGUUUCCUAAAGGGGGGAUUGAAAUUGAUGAAGGAGAUGAUUUUGUCAUCACGGCAGCUCGUGAAACAUGGGAAGAGGCUGGCUGUGAAGGACGUAUUCUUAAGAAGUUGCCUGUUGUGUAUGAUACACGAGGAGCCAAAGCGCCAGUGUUGAAACAAGGAGAAGAUUUUGAUCCUCUUAAGGUGAUACCGAAGCUGGAGUUCCAUUUUUACGAGAUGUUGGUGGAGCAACUUAGCCCGGAGUGGCCUGAGGCUGCCAAGAGAGAACGAAGGUGGUGCACGUAUAGCGAAGCCAAACAUGAGCUUCUCAAGGGGAAAAGGGCCGAGUUGGUCACAGCUCUUGACGCUUCGUGCAUUGUCAAAGACAGCGAAGAGUUUUAA